GUCCAUUGCGAAUCUAAUUCGAAAUUCUUCAUUUGUUUCAUCACAUUUAUUCGACGAUUAAUUAAUUAAUCGAGAGAGAUGUCUUUUUUGUACAGACAAGAAAUCAAAUCGCUGCAAGAAGGGACGCAAAACACAUUUGUAAUCGGCUUGAUCACAAGCAGCGCGAAUAUGAGAACCAUCGACUCAGCUCGAAUGAGAUUUAAUAAAGGCGAACGUAGCGUGUGGACCUUUACUUUGCGCGAUUCCGAAGAGGACUUUGUCAACGUGACGGUAUGGGGUAGCACGGAAUUCAUAAAAAGAGUAUCGUCGACGUUCACCAUUGGAUCUGUAGUGGAGGUAAUAAGCGCGAAGAUCGUGAAACGUCAGCCGAACGACAAAAAUGAUCAGUUUAUGCCGGCGACUCCCGUUCCUUUUGUUCUGAUCGUGAACGAAGGAUCGGCUCUCAUACAAAAUCACGACGCGCCUACUCGCGAACAGUACAAAAGUUUACUUACGCGACCUUUCAAGGGAACAGCGUCCGCAAAAAGUUUGAAAGCUAUUCUAGACAACAUCGAGGAUUUGUGCGAUCAUUUCGUUGAUCUUCUGGUUGUCGUUACAUUCGUUGCGGACGCGCGUAACGUAAUGACUCGAGACGGACGAGCUUUGACGCAUCGUAGUUUUGAAAUAACAGAUGGAUCGAUAGAUAAUACAGUGUCAUUGAAUCUGUGGGAAAAGGAUUGGGUCGAUAGAGCCGCGUUUUGGGAACCAAAGCAAACAGUGCUAUUCUUAAUCGAUGUUUGCGUUCUUUAUGACAAAUAUAAAAAUAGAAACGCGUUAAGUAUUACAAAACGAACGAUGAUCACGGAAUGUCCGAACAUACCGCAAGCUGCGAACAUUAGAAGUGCGGCGCAACAUUACGAACCCGAUUCCAUAUCCAGCGAUCAGUUUGUAGUACCAAAUCCGGACACUAUUACCACUGUAAUGACAGUGCAACAGAUCACAGAAAAGUUACAGAAAAAAGUGGCCACGGAAGGUGAAAGAAUGCAAUUUGCGACGAUUGUGAGAGCUUCAAUAACUGAAAUGAAUGUGGAUGCUUUACUCAAGAAUAUAAUAUCCAUAAAGUGCGCUCUGUGUAAAAGAAAUGUCGCGAACGUGCAAGAUUCUUGCAUGAACUUGAACUGCCCGUCGGGUAACGGAACCAGAUCACCGUUGAAUACAAUGAAAUUAAAUAUAAAAAUCAAUUUGAAGGAUGAUACCGGAUACCUAAUCGGAUGUCGUUUGACCGGAGAUGUCGCGGAGCGAGUUUUGGGCUGCACAGUCGAUGAAUUUCAGACAAUGACCGCGGAAAGACGCAGCGAAUUGAAAUGGAUUUACUUGUUGGAAAAGUGUGAUGUGCGCUUACACGUUAUCGGGCCGACGUCCGCUUUUCCGCGCACUUUGUACAAUAUUUUAUCUAUCCAGCAUUGCUUGGAGGAAGAAACAAAAGUGGACAUGUAA